GAGAAAAAGAGAGAGAGAGAGAGAGAGAGAGAGAGAUGGAAGAGCAAGGGAAGAGACGCCGACGUGUCCGGGUGGUGCUAGUCCCAUGGCCGUUCCAAGGCCACAUAAACCCAAUGCUUCAGUUGGGAAGCAUCCUCCACUCCAAUGGCUUCUCCAUCACCGUCGUUCACGCCCAAUACAACUCCCCCGACCCUUCAAGCCACCCAGAUUUCAGCUUUGUUCCCUUGCCAGAUACCUCAUCCGCCCCCGACUUUACUGGUGAGAUAGUAGCUUCUAUAGUGCAGCUUAGUACCAAUUACAAAGCUUGUUUCCAGGAGUGCUUGGCUCAAGUGAUGAGCCAACAGGGCUCGGACGAAGGAAUCGCCUGCAUCAUUCACGAUGAGCUCAUGUACUUUUCCGAAGCAGUGGCAAAUGCUCUGAAGCUUCCAAGCAUUAGUUUAACUGCCAGUAAUGCUGCCCAUUUUCUUGCUCGUUCUGCCCUUGUCCAACUAAAGGCAGAAGGCCACAUCCCCUUCCCAGAAUCUAAGUCGCAGAAUCUAGUUCCAGAGUUUUAUCCUCUCAGGUUCAAGGAUCUACCUAUUUUGGAAAAAUUAGAGAGCUAUUUGGCACUAGUAAGUAAAGCUUUUAACAAUAAAACAUCUUCGCCCAUCAUUUAUAAUACAAUUGACUUCCUUGAAAAUUCUUCAUUGGAAAAAAUCCAACAUCAAUGGCAAGUUCCAAUAUUCACAAUGGGCCCUAUGCAUAGGAUUGCCUCGACCUCCUCUAGUAGCUUAUUGGAAGAGGACACUAGUUGUUUGGCAUGGCUUGAUAAGCAAAGUUGUAAAUCAGUCAUUUAUGUAAGCUUGGGAAGCGUGGCAUUCAUGGACAUCAAAGAGCUUGCAGAGAUGGCUUGGGGGCUAGCAAACAGCCAUCAACCUUUCUUGUGGGUGGUUCGGCCAGGCUCGGUUCUUGGUGAAGAAUUGAUUGAGGUAUUGUUCAAAGAAUUUAAAGAAAACAUUGACGACAGGGGUUACAUUGUAAAAUGGGCACCUCAAAAGAAAGUUUUGGCACACGUUGCAGUGGGAGGAUUUUUGAGCCACUGUGGAUGGAAUUCAACGCUAGAGAGUAUUUGCGAAGGAAUUCCAAUGAUAUGCCGACCAUGUUUCAUGGACCAAAAAGUGAAUGCAAGAUAUAUUAGCCAGGUAUGGAGGGUAGGCCUAGAAUUAGAAGGAGAUCUAGAGAGAGGUGAGAUAAAGAGAGCUGUAAAAAAACUUAUGGUGGGCGAAGAAGGAGAGGCCAUGAGGGAAAAGGCUAAGAAAUUGAAGGAGAAUGUUGAACUUUGCAUUAAAGAAGGUGGUUCUUCUUAUAAUUCCAUGAACAGGCUAGUGGAGAUGAUCAGGUCGUUUUAAUAUGACUAUGGAGGUCCAAUAUUUUUAAUCAUUUUUGUUUUUUGUUUUUUUCUUUUUCUUUUGUUGUCCCUCGUAGUAUUGUCGUAUUGCUUUCUACUUUCUAGCAAAGACCUUUUUCUUAUUUAUUAGUUGGAGAGGCACGUGCUUGAUUCUAUGUAUUUCUAUGUUUGAUAAUAAUAUAUGUAA